CGGCUAGCCACUUCGUAUAAACAUAUUAUUAUUAUGCUGAACAUAUACAGCCGCGACCCUUAUUGAAGUAAUAUGAAGUCCCCCGGGGUUUCUGAUUCAUGAGCAUGCGCUGACGAUCGAGUUCGAGGUAGUUAAUAUCUAUCGUGAGCUGAAUAUGAAAAAGCUAGACCAGCACCACUAUUACACUAUCCCAAGGAGCUUAGAACUACUGUAAACUCCUUGCACUAUCCAAGGCUACUAUACUCUCUGGUACUAUUUAUAACAGCUUGGCUCAUCCCGGCAAGGGAAAUCACUCGCGUUUGGUUGCCAAUGUAAAUUGUAAACAACCUGCUGUUUUGCUUCUUAUGUCACCCUCAAACUCAAAAGGUCACCCAUUUCGUUCUUCCAUCAAUUUUCUAUCAAAUAACUCCGAGGAUAAAAUGAACAAUGCAGGGGAAAGAAGGCGACGGAGGCUUAAAGAUCCGUCAACUCUCAGAGUGUUUUUCUCCUCACCGUUUGGUGGCAUGGAGGGCGAGAGAGUUGAAUUGACGCGGAAAUACUUUCCCCAUUUUCACCAUGCUUGUAAUGCUCGGGGUAUCCAGUUUGUUCCUGUCGACAUGAGAUGGGGUAUAACCUCCGAGGCCGCUGACAAUGCUCAGGUUAUCAAUAUCUGUUUACGAGAAAUUGACAGGUCUGACGUGUUUAUUGGUUUCUUUGGGCAGCGAUAUGGCUGGCAUGGUGAUUCAGAUGACCUCUUGCAACGGAACUUUGACAAUGCUGUAGGCAGAUACCCUUGGCUGGAUAAAGUCAGGGACAAAGGGGUCACUGAACUGGAGUUCUUGAGAGGUCACCUGAACCAGCCAGGGGAGAUUCCAGCAGUCAUAUGCUUCAGGGAUAAAGCUUAUGAUGACGCAGUUCGUGAAGAUGCCGUGAAAAAGGGAGACAAGAAGAUGAUCUUUAAGUACACCAGUGAAAGUGACCAUGCCACGGAACUCAUGGAUGAUCUCAUCAGACGAGUCAAAGAAACUGAUUCACAGCUCCUUGGUUUGGAGUUGAACUACUCACAUCCAAAUGAGGGAGCAAAAUUCAUGUAUGAAACAGUUUGGGACUGUUGCAUGGAACUUUUGUCCGAGGCAGAAAAAGAAACCAUGUCUCCCCUAGAAAAGGGGAGACAAGCACACCUGGUGUAUGUGAGUUCACUCACCUCGCUCUACUGUGGGGGAGAAAAACAACUGGAAAAUCUGAGUGAAAUGUGUGCAACAGGCAAGCCUGGAGUGUUAGUUACAGGCACAUCUGGCAGUGGAAAAUCUGCACUCUUGGCCAACUUCAUGAGAUGGCUAGAACAAAAGGACAGAUCGGUUUGUGUCAUCUACUACUUCGUUGGCUGUGCUCCUGGAACCACAGAUCCUUCCAGUAUUCUGAAAUACCUGGUGGCUGAACUGCAACAUUUAAACGGUGAUCAUGAAGAACAACAAGACAAAGGCAUGUCGAAAAGUCUCAGAGAAGACGAAAAUGAGAAUAUUGAUGAGUACAAUUUGUACACAAAUUUUAAGAAUGAAAUGGAACGUCUGUCCUCUGGUGGCAAGAAACUUGUGAUUGUCAUUGAUGGGUUGCAAAACACAAGCAAAUUGACCAAAACAGCAAAGCACCUGUACUGGUUGCCAGACAAGUUUCCAGCUGGUGUCUCUGUUGUGAUGUCUACAAUAACAGCGGACACAGCCACAUUUGACCUUUUGGUCAAGGAGCGGGGCUUCACAAACCUGGCCAUCCAACCAUUGACACCAGACACUCAGCGUGAAAUGUGUCAGAAAACUCUGAUUAAAAAUGGUAAAGAAUUGUCUCCCUCUCAGCUGGAACGAGUUGUAGCGGCAGAGCAGACACAGAACCCUCUCUUCUUGAAGAUUGUCUUGUCUGAAAUAUCUAUCUAUGGCAAUUUCAGACUGCUGGACCAGAAGAUUGACUCCCUCAUAUAUUCAGAUGGAGUGAAAGAUCUUCUUGACAAGGUCUUACAGAGGUUAGAAGAAGACUACAAUGUGAAGGAACAUCCUGAUUCUUUGGUGCAUCAAGUUUUGGCAGCAGUGGCUGUGUCACACGAAGGCCUCACCGAGUCAGAAUUGAUGGAUAUGUUUGGUGUGCAGUCACAAGUCUGGUCUCCAUUCUACUUUGCUGUAGAGAAUUUCCUUUUGAGUCACUCUGGGUUGCUGAGGUUUGCUUUCUCAGAGCUUCAGCAAGCUGUAGAGGCUCGUUACCUCGACACACCCCAGAAAAAGUUCCAAACAGUGUCAACUUUAAUCAAUUAUUUUGAAAGAGUUAGAAAGAACUCGGCAAUAGGAGAUGGUCUGAAAAAUCCCCAUACCGCCCGAGUGGCUGCAGAGUUGCCCUGGCUGUACCAGCUCAUUGACAACAAGGAGGGUCUGACUCGGUGCUUGUGUGAUCUACGGGUUUUUCACGCCUUGGAAGGUCGUAGUGUUUACCAGUUGAUUGAUCUGUGGCGAGAAACAAACCUGGAUCAACUUUCCAUUUGUGAGAAACUUCUACACGCUUUUGAUCGUGCUGUAAGUGAUUUAUACACAGUGCAGGAGAUGCACUUUGACUGUGAGCCGCCCGGAUAUGUGCUGAUGCCAGCAUUGAACUCCAUGAAAGAGAUGUUUUCUGUGGCGUGUUUCUACAAGCCUCACAUCCAGGUUCUGCAACGACUGCUGAAAAUAUUAGAAGGCAUUGAAGGGAGAAUUGAUGAGGACGUACGACAGGUGUACCUCCGAGAUAAUCGUUAUUUUUUAUCCUGUGCUCUGGUCAAUGAUUGCAACUACAAAGCAGCAGAACCUGUGUUCAAUGAGGUGAUGGCCGAGUGCCGAAGUUGUCUUGAGUCAAACGAAGACCCGCGGGUGCAGCAGACGUUGGCCUUUUCUUGUCAUGGUCUUGGUGUUCUGCAUCUCAAACAACGAAAUUAUGAAGAGGCAGAACCUCUCUUCCAUGAGUCCAAGAGAAUCCACGAGACCCUAGGAAAUUCUAUCUGUGUGGCUCAGACCUUGACGAACCUGGGCAACAUAAAGCUAGAGACCGGGCAUCCAGAGGAGGCUCUGCAGCUCUUUACUGUUGCUAUGGAGACUUAUGAAAAACAUUUUUUUGGACACUUGCCUCUUAAUGUGGGGACCCUUCUUACCAACAUGGGCCUAUGCUAUCGGCGGAUGGACAAACCAGAUCAGGCAAAGGAAAUGUACUUCAGGUCUCUGGAGGUAAAAUCUCAGGCAGUUGGCCCUGAACAUGAAGUUAUCGCUAUGUGUUACAUGAACUUGGGUUCACUGGAAAUAAUCUGUCACCGUAACUUUACAGAAGCUGAAGUGUACACUCGGAAAGCACUUAAAAUACUUGAGCUGAACAAAGUGAAACUGGAGCAGACAGAGAUGUGGCAGACACAGGAGAACUUGGUUGGAAUCCUUGCCCAUCAGGAGAAACACGCGGAAGCUUUACCAAUCUUCUUGAGAGUUUUUUCUAUGCUGAAAAGAGAAAACAUCGUGGCACAAGCCCACAGCUAUACCCACCGACUGAUGUUGACUUACAUGCUCAGUUUGGAAAUGUACAAGGAAGUGGCUGAUGUUUGUGCCUGCCAUGCCUUGGUGCCAAAGUUCCGCACUCAGGACAUCUUUACCGCUCUGGAUUCUUGUGACCAGAAACUGACGGAAGAGGAAAGACCGGCAAGGCCAAGAGAGCUGACAGUGGCAUAUGCGCUAGAAGAGUUAUGGCCAGGAGAUAAUUCACUGACCGGCUAUAUGGUACAAAACUAUGUCUUGCCCUCUGGUGAUGUGGAACUUCUUUUGCGUAUGCUAGAAACUAUGGAUGAGAAAAAUCCUGACUUCGUAUGGACAACUUAUGAUGCUGGUGCCAUAUGGUGUGAGGGCGCUGGCAACAAGGAUGCUCUUGUCAAAGUGUUGAAGAAAGGCUUGGAGAAAUAUCCUGAUGCUAUAAAACUGAAGACUAAACUUUUUGACCACUAUCGCUUAAGCAAGCAGUAUGACCUGGCAUACCCACUCAUCAAGGAAAUCCUGCCUUCUGAACUGGAUAACCAGGGCUUUGUUUUGGUUAGUGGCGAAGUGGCACUACAUAAUGGUGACUUUGACCUGUGCCAGGAAUUAUGGGAAAAAGCUAGCACACUGGAAGGCGCUGGUUUGGCUGAGAGGGCAAGGCAGGCUUUGGAAUCUCUCAAGGGUGACCUCGCCUCAGAGGAAUUAGGCAAUGAGAGGCAGGAGAAUAGUGAAGAGAACCCCUCUGGGCAUGAGGACGAUGGUCAAAUGUCACAGGCAGUGGAGUCUGGAUCAGGCAAAACAGAUGAAGAUGGUGCAACAAAAAUGAAACUAGAACUACUCAGAGCUUUGUCCCAACGAACUAAGGAAGUGACACAGGAAGAUGGAGAUGAUGAUGAUGAGGAGACUAAGUCUCAGCCUGAAUCUGAGCUGUCUGACAGGGCUCCAGGUGAUGACCUGCCACCCAUGAUGGUCCCUGUUGAGGAUGACCCCAACUUAAGACAUCUACUUCAAGGAAGGCAUUUUAUAGCUCACCAGGCAGUGCAUCACACUCACAUGCAGCAUCAGAGAACUCGACACAAGUAGUAGCCUAACGAAACAACUGAGCAAAGUUAAAUAAGUGUGAUCUCAUGAUUUCAUUAUUUUAAAAAUAAUCAUGACCAACCAUUCUUCUUAGUUCUAUAUUAUGCCUUUGCACCAUUGUAUAAUUUAUACAUUAAACCUUUUUAUCUAUUACUUUUCUAUGCUCAACCACUUCCCCUUUUACUGGAUGUGUCCUUAAUAGAUAAUAAUAAUAUAUGGCAUUUAUAUAAUGCUUAACCCCGAUGAAAGUACACAGGCUCUGAUCAAGGACUGCACUUUUUUAUUGUUACAUGUAACCCUAUUUAAAGGAGAACUAUAUCUGGAAGGAGGUAUGUACUCAGCAAAAUAAAAUUGAAGUUUACUCUUUGACUUUUCAUUGUCCACGUGAAAACAGAAAUUCAUUCUCAUUCACAAAAAUGAUCUUUGCCCAAAGCAGGCGUACUUUUGCAAAGGUUAUUAGAAUAAGUGUGAAGAAAGCAGAAUGUGUCUGACACGCAACACUACAAAAAAACACAUCAUUUCCACACUAGAACAGUAGUGAAAUUGUCAGUAUUGUCACGCUCUUCGCCUUGUACACAAAGUAUGUGAGUUUGAUUCCCACAUGGGAAGAUGUUUUAUUGAGUAUCUCUAUCUUUGUUGUGAAGUAUCACAUAGCACAAGUCGAGUCUGACAGGCUGAAGUAGUCCACCUCCAAAACAAUGUUUAUAGUGUCAAUCAAAGUUGAAAAUAUUUUUUACCACAAACUCAUUUCAUUCCAUGUUCUGAUCUUAAAAGAUUUCUGAGACAUUUUCUGUAACAUUUGCUAUCAUCCUUUGUCUUGAUGUCAUUGUCUGUUAAUAAAAUGUGAUAUGUUUAUAUUAUUAUACAAAUGCUUUGACACACCCCUUUUGGUGAUGCAUAUUUAUGUAAAGCAAGCAUGACUUUUGCUUAUUGCUGGCCAUUUCUUUUGAAAAAAGAUAUGCGGGUAUACUUGAAGACCUCUUGAAAA